AUGAAUCCUAAAAUUUAUCUUGAUUUAACAGCUAAUGAUGAACCAUUAGGUCGUCUUAUAUUUACAUUAUUUGAUCAAAUUGCUCCAAAAACAGUAGAAAAUUUUCGAGUAUUAUGUACAGGUGAAAAAGGUUUUGGUUACAAAGGAUGUCUCUUUUAUAGAGUUAUACCUACUUUUUGUGCUUGUUCUGGUGAUUUUGAAACAAACAAUAAAGAACGUGAUGGUGGAAGAAGUAUAUAUGGGGUAAAAUAUUUUGAUGAUGAAACAUUUGAAAUUAAACAUAAUGAAAGAGGAAUACUUUCAAUGGAUAACUAUGGUUGGCCAAAUACUGUUAGUUCAAGAUUUUUUAUCACUUUUGAUGAAUGUAGAUGGAUGGAUAAUUUUCAUGUAGCAUUUGGUAAACUAAUUGAUGGAUUUGAUACAUUAGAUAAAUUAGAAGAACUUGGAAUAAUAGAGGGUUUUGGAGCACAAAAAGGUAGAACUAAGAAAGAAAUAAUUAUAUCUGAUUGUGGUGAAAUAAAAAAUGAUAAAUAA